AUGUCUUCCAACCUUCUUAUCACCGGUGCUACCGGCUUUAUUGGCUUUAAAGUUCUCCUCGGAGCCCUCCAGGCCGGGUACACGGUCCGAGCAGCUAUUCGGUCCUCCGAGAAAGCCAAAGCACUUGCCUCCCACCCGAAGAUAACUGCUUCUGGGAAGGCAGACAAGCUCUCAUUCGUCGAGGUUCCUGACAUCACUAGUGACGGCGCUUACGAUGAGGCUAUCAAAGAUGUUACCUAUGUCAUUCACCUCGCUUCACCUCUCCCUUCGCCGUUCCUGGACCCACAGACCGGCAUCUACGAGCCAAACAUCAAGAGUGUGAGCACCCUACUUGCAUCCGCAAUCAAGGAGCCAUCGGUGAAGAAGGUUGUCAUCACAUCUUCGGUCUUCGCAAACAUGCCCUUCCCUCCAGACCCAAGCCAGGAAAUCACGGCUGAGACCAGAUUGCCUGACCUGCCGGGGCCUUUUGACUCCAUGCUCCCCGCAUACAGUGCCGGCAAGGUUGCAGCGCUGAACUUCACCGAGAAGUUCAUCAAGGAGAAGGUGCCUUCUUUCGCUGUUGUCAAAGUCUUCCCCGGUUUCGUCUUCGGUCGGGAUGACAGAGCUCUAGAGGUCAAGGACCUCUAUGCGGGAACUAAUCGCAUCCUUCUAGCAGCCAUCACUGGGCAGACUGCCAAGGGCCCUAUGCCAGCAGGCGCCACCCAUGUGGAUGAUGCCGCCAAGGUACAUCUAGCAGGAUUGAAAGAAGGCAUAGCUGGGAACUUCGGUGUCACGAAGGUCCACGACUUCAACGAUGCUUGGAAAGCCGUUGAGAAGCACUUUCCCGAGGCUGUUGCGGACGGCACAUUCACGCAGGGAAAUCAGCCAACUGUGCCCGUCAAUUGGAAUGCUCAUCAGACCGAGAUUGAUCUCGAGUUUAAUUUCAAGACGUAUGAGGACAUGGUUGUUGACGUUGCCGGCCAGUACCUUGAGCUGUCUGGCAAGAAGGAGACUUGA